AUGGACUUUAGCAUGAUGGGCGAAUACACUGGAAUGUAACGGUUACCAUGGUUACAGCGCGGAACCGUUUAAUCGUAUAUAAAGGCGCGAGACUAAUAAGACUCGCGAGCUCGUGCCUGUCAUCCUGGAUGAUCACACAUCAUUAUAUUCAGCAGCCUACUUUUCUCUUAUAGACUUAACAGCUGAAGGGAUGAGAGUGCGCGCGUGUGUCUGUUUGUUUUGCAGACAGUCUCCGAAAAGCGCGUGAAGCGGAUUUACGUCAAGAAGCGGCUUUAAUGAAGCAGUUUGGCGACGUCGGCGCGGUGAAAGCGGUCGAUUAUUUAAGUCGGAGUGAACUUCUUCUCUUAAUAAUCUCCACAGACUCGCAAAGCGAGUCUGUGAACUUAGUCAUCUGGGACACUGUCGUCCGACGCCAUGAGCUGGAGCUUCCUGACGCGUCUGCUGGAGGAGAUUCAAAACCAUUCCACGCCGGUGGGGAAACUCUGGCUGACAACAUUGGUGGUGUUCCGCAUUGUCCUGACGGCGGUGGGUGGAGAGUCCAUCUACUAUGACGAGCAGAGCAAGUUCGUGUGUAACUCAGGCCAGCCUGGCUGUGAAAAUGUCUGCUACGACGCCUUUGCCCCGCUCUCGCAUGUCCGCUUCUGGGUUUUCCAGAUCAUCUUCUCCGCCAUGCCGUCACUCCUAUACAUGGGUUAUGCAGCCAAUAAGAUUUCCCGGACCAAGGAGAUGCCUGGGACGGAGAGGGAUGGCGAUUCAACAGAAGGUGGGUACACGCAACGGAGGCCAAGAAAGCUGUACUUCGGGGCACGUCAGCAUCGAGCAGGGCACGAAAAUUCAGGGGAGGAGAGAGAAGAAGACCCGAUGAUCUAUGAGGUGCCUGAGAUUGAUAGUACGCGAAGGGAGCUUGUUCCACCGCGUCCCAAACCCAAAGAACGGCACGACGGGAGGCGACGCAUUCAAGAUGACGGUCUGAUGCGAGUGUAUGUACUGCAACUACUGACACGUUCAGCUCUGGAAGCGGCCUUCCUGGCCGGUCAGUAUCUGCUGUAUGGCUUUCAUGUAGCACCCAUCUUUGUGUGUUCAGGUGAGCCUUGCCCUCAUCGUGUGGACUGCUUUGUUUCACGUCCCACAGAGAAGACCAUCUUCUUGCGCAUUAUGUAUGGAGUCAGCUGCCUCUGUUUGUUACUUAAUGUAUGGGAAAUGAUUCACCUUGGAGUGGGCACCAUCAAAGACGCACUGCAAAAACGUCACACUGCCACGGCUGAAGAAGAAUACCAACUGGGCCUGCUGAGGGCCGGGGACAUGUCUGACCGAGUAAGCGGGCCAGCACUCAGUGAAGGAGAAAUGGUGGACGAUGUCGGGAGCAGAGUCAGGGAAGCGGACUACGUGGGUUAUCCGUUCUCCUGGAGCACCCCAUCUGCACCACCAGGCUAUAACAUAGUGAUGAAGCCUGAAGCCCUGCCUUACACGGACCUAAGCAAUGCCAAGAUGGCAUGCAAGCAGAACCGUGACAACAUCGCACAAGAGGAGCAGCAGCAGUUUGGAUCCAACGAGGACAACUUCCCUUCGGCGAGCGAUGCUCGGCCACCACCGAUCAACGAGGACGCUGUCCAGUUAGAGGCAGCUAUUCAGGCUUAUGCCCUCCAACACAAUGCUGGCAACAGCCGUAAUGAAAUGCAGGACAACCACAAUAAUGAUGAUAAGCCACAAAGUAACAUCCCUACUGUUUCUCAAAAAGAGAAGAAACAUCGUUUGAAACAUGGCAAAACUGGCAGUGCCGGGAGCAGCAACAGUAGCAAAUCCGGAGAGGGCAAGCCGUCUGUAUGGAUCUGACACCAUCUGUUGAGACUUUGCAAAACCUUAGCUGUUUACAUAAACACACACACACACAAUACAGUUUUUAAGUACACUGUACACAUACUGUUGUUUGGCAUAGCAUGCUGUAAUUUUUUAAAAUAUCUUUUGUGCCUUAAGAUCCAGAAAAUUCUGGAAGACUGAAAGUAUCCUUCUGACUGAUCUCCUGGUCUUCCUGAUGUUUGAACUCGUUUCUUUAUGAACACUUGGCCAUAACAUUUUUUUCUACAGUUAUAACGUAUUUGAUAAAAGCACUUUGUUGAUACCGGUCUGAGAAGCUCCCGAGUUUUUCUGGGAUUUGGCAGGGUAAUUCCAAACCGAAACAUUUCUUCAAACUCAUCCAUGUCUACAACAUCCACAGACGCACCGAUCCCAUAUUUUCUAUCUGUCAAACAUUAACAAAGCAUGGGAUAUCACCUGCUCCGUAAUGCCAAGUUACUGUAUGGGAAACAUCACAGCUGUCACGGUGUCAUGCUUCAGGUCCGAGUUCCUGUUGGGUCAUUCCACAGAACUUGUAUUACUAGCAAAUACAUUAACAUUAAUGGAAAAACUCAAUAUUAAACAAGUGUUUUAGGGCAAUGGCUAAUAUGCAUCCUUAAUGAGAUGUCAGUGAUGCUAAAACACCACACUGCCACGAUGUCGCACUGUGUUCAUUAAUUCCUUUCAGAAUAGAAAAUGGAUCUUGUUUAAAAAUACCGACACGUAUGUACUAAAUGCCUACAUGUGCAUGCAGACCCUACGUCAGCUCCGUUUCUUUCUGAUCUCGGAAAAUUAACACAGAAAACGGACAUUUUUGUAAAAAGUCGCUCAAAAAGCUUAUUAUUUUGACAUACUGCCCCCUACUGCUUAACAGUAGUUAUUUCACUCAACGUACAGCAGAGAUCUGGUACACAGCACUUCAGAGGUGUAGGUCUAGUCCAUUUACAAUUACAACUCUUGUCUCUAUCAUUAUAUAUUUAUUCACUCUCUAAAGAGUCUAAUAUCCAGGCACUGUGAUGUCACUGGGAUAUUUUUAUGCCCACACGUACAUUCACGCUUGAAAAGCUUGUGUACUGUGUGAAGUCUUCCAUUUUUGCCUCAUAAGGCCACAUUCCAAGAUUUUUUUUUUUUUCUUUCCUGCACAAGUCUGAUGGCAAAACCCGAAUGCUCUGGGAGACCAAAUACUGUUUGCAGGCACUGAUUCAUCCUGCUGCUAUGCCGUCAUGCUAACAGAGCAGAAAAGGCCAUAUAUAACUACAAAAAAAAAACAAAAAAACCUUGUGAGAAGUGGAGAGGACAAACCCUUUAUAUUUCAGCAAUACUUUUCUGUAUGAUGAUUGAGGAUUUGGGUGAAAUAAUUCAUAUAGACAAGAUUUGGCUUGUUUGUUGUAUUCAUUUUUUUUUUUUUAUCGGUGUUUUUGUAUCGUUGACUCCAAUUCAGUGUUUCUCAUACCUUUAUUUGGUUAAGACUGUUUUGUAGGGUUUAUUUCAUUGAUUUUGUAGCCAAAAAUGCUAAGAUGAAGCAUACUUUUUAAAGUGUGCAUCGCCUAUUCAGUGAGCCGUGCUUCCUUUUCUGCCGUCUUUUGACUGGCGGUAUUCCAGAAUACUGGUUUAAAGAUAAAUCUGAAUUUGCACUUAGGAUGGUGGAAAAUUUCCAAUGGCUUCUGGCGAAAAUCCAAGCGCAGCUGUGGGAAAAAAAAAUUAACAACAAACAACAGAGAGAGCCGGGACGGAAAAGGCCACGAGACCAUUUUUAGAGCAGCUGUUUUCAUUUUUAAGAGCUCCAAGAAGCAAAAAUACACAUAUAACAUCAUCAUGUCCCAUAUAUUGGGAUUGUGUCUGUAUUUUUUCUUUGACCCUGGAAGAAUGAACUCCCUAAAGAUACUUUUUAUUGUGUGAAGGCUCUUGGCACAGUGCUUAGCCAGCACAUCUUCUCAGCAGGGUCACAACAACCGAUGGCGCUGUAUACUCUGAUUACUCUGAAGAGUGUAUAUUCCUGUGCCUGUAUUUCCUUCCACUCAAUUAAGAUAUGGCGUUUCAAACUGUAAGAUAUCUCUAGAUUAUUCUCUCCUUACUUGUCUUGUUGCCCUUUUUCUGACUUUUUUGAAUUUUAUUAAAAGUCUCCUUUGUAAAUGAUGAACAAAAUCUAUUGUACUUAAACAAGAAAAAAAAAUAAUGUCUUAUUCUUUUUCUUAAUGUGCCAAUCUGUAAUGACCAGUAAAGUACAAUUAUUUCCAUUUUUUUUGGGGGGGGGACCUCUGUUUUUCUUGAAAAUGCAUGUCCAGAGCUAUUUUGUUAAUAAACAUGAAAAAUGAAU